AUGCAAGAUUUGAUGAGCCUAGACCAAACAAGAUAUAGCAUAUCCAGCAAAGCCUGCAUGGAAACCAAUAGCAGCAACACGACGGCCAUCAGCGUCUUAAAAGAGUCCAGCCAUAAAGAAGACCGUUGCCCGAAGAAAACGCGACGAAACUUCCUGCCAACCUUUUUGGCUUUUAUAACAACGAGCGAACUGGGAUAUCAUAUGAUUGAGAGGACUGUCGUCGUUUUCAGAAAGAACCGUAUAUACAAGCAUAACGGUGUGUAUUUUUCCAGGAUCCUUGAAUGCAUGCUGGCAGGAGUGCUUAAUGGUAACACGGAAGCCAGCAUUCGCUAA